UGGAAAAAAUAACCGCGAACGGGAAGCCGGCGUCGGGAGCGCGGUGGAGGUUCUCCAUUGAUACUCCCGCCCGGCUGCUUUGCCUCGAUCAGAAUUAGUGAGGUUCAACACGAUUAGAUCGAGUUUGUCACGUCGGGGUGGAUGGUCAGCGAUUGCAAGAGCGAGAGGUUUGUCUUAAAACGAAAACCGAAGUGAACGGACGGUGCAUUAAAUAAACAUGGAGCGAUACCAUCGUCACGACCUCCAUGCUGCCCAUUGCGGGGAGAACGAUGCCAAUCGCAAGAAAAUGUUGGCAGCUCCUGGGCCCUCCGACCGGGAAGCUGCCCUCGGACCACAACGUGAGGAUUCAGAGAGAAGAAAUAAAUUCAACUUGAAUAUUAAAACAUUGACAGAUGAUAUGUUUGACAGAUUUGCCAGUAUCCGAGUUCCAGGCAGCAAACGGGGCAGACCAGCUCUUCCACGUGUCAGACAAGCACAUCUCUUGAAUCGCGGCUGGCCUGCACAAUCAGCAGAAUAUGAAUAUCCUUCAAAGCAGCUCCCAGAGAAGGACGUUAUUUCACUCUUUGAAAAGAUGAUGGAAGAUAUGAACUUAAAUGAAGAACGAAAGGCUCCACUACGAGAGAAGGACUUGAGUAUUAAAAGAGAAAUGGUUGUGCAAUAUAUUGAUGCGACUUCUAAUAUCGGCUCUUUGAAAAACAGACAAUAUACUGCUACCUUACCCCAUGAAUUCAUCCAUGAGCUAAAAUCUGGCAUUGCAGAUGAAAGACUUUGCAGUUUUCUGGAAUCCCUCCGCGUAUCCUUGACCAGCAAUCCUAUCAGUUGGGUUGGAAGCUUUGGAAAUGAAGGUUUAAAGCAGCUUUUGGAUGUCUUGGAGAAAUUACUCACAAGGAAUCAAGAACAAAAUGACCGCAAAAGUCAACAUAAAGUGAUUCAGUGUUUGAGAGCAUUCAUGAACAACAAGUAUGGAUUGGAAAGAAUCCUGGAAGAAGAACGAAGUAUAUUCUUGCUGGCCAGAGCUGUUGAUCCCAGGCAGCCUACCAUGAUGACAGAUGCAAUCAAGCUUCUGUCAGCAAUUUGUAUUGUGGGAGAAGAAAAUAUCCUUGAAAAUGUUUUGGAAGCCAUAACUACAGCAGGGGAAUUAAGGAAAUGGGCAAGAUUUUACCCCAUUGUGGAAGGUCUACAUGACACCUCUGUUCAAUUAAAGGUGGCUUGUAUGCAGCUUAUUAAUGCACUUGUGACCACUCCUGAUGAUUUAGAUUUGAGAAUACACUUACGGAAUGAAUUUGUGCGUUGUGGAUUGAGAGAGAUCCUGCCGGAGUUGAGAUUAAUUGAAAAUGAUGCAUUGGACAUUCAACUAAAAGUAUUUGAUGAGCACAAAGAAGAAGAUAUGAUUGAGUUUUCACAUCGCUUAGAUGAUGUACGAUCUGAACUAGAUGAAAUUAAUGAUGUUUAUAAUAUGCUGUUCAAUACAUUGAAGAACACGGCAGCUGAAAGUCAUUUCCUUUCCAUUCUUCAACACAUGUUAUUGAUCACGAAUGACUAUUUUGUGAGGCCACAGUAUUUCAAGAUCAUAGAAGAAUGUGUUUCCCAGAUAGUGUUACACCGCAGUGGCAUGGAUCCUGACUUUACAUACCGGAAACGAUUAGAUGUAAACUUUGAUCAUCUUGUUGAUAUUUGUGCUGACAAAGCAAGAGUCGAUGAGUGUGAACAAAAGCUUUCAGAUCUUACUAGAAAGUUUGAUGAGGAAUUUACAGCCCGGCAAGAGGCACAGGCACAAAUACAGAAGAGAGAGGAAAAAAUCAAUAAGCUUGAAGCUGAGUUGCAAAGUCUCAAAGCACAGUUUUCAGCAUUACCACCUAAUGUAACGGCCACCUUGAUUGGCACACAAAGUGAAGUCACAUCCUGUAGUUCUACAUCUUCAGUGCCAGGUGGAGUGCCACCACCACCUCUUACAUCUGGGCCUUACCCUCCUCCUCCUCCACCACCGCCACCACCACCACCACCACCACCACCACCUGCGACAGGGUUUAAGGGAGGACACUGGUCUCCACCUCCUGCUACACUCCCACAUGGAUUAAAACCGAAGAAAGAGUUUAAACUAGAUCUCAGCAUGAAAAGAGUCAACUGGUGUAAGAUUAGACCACUUGAAAUGCCUGAGAACUGCUUCUGGAUAAAAGCAAAUGAAGAGAAAUAUGAAAGCCCCGACCUGUUCACUCGGAUUAGUUUUAGAUUUGGUGCGCAAAAACGAGGUAACAACAAUGAGCAAUAUGAAGAAAAGAAAGAUAUCAAAAGAAGAGUUAAAAAACUUAAAGUUCUAGACCCAAAGAUUGCACAGAAUCUCUCCAUUUUUCUUGGAUCUUUUCGGAUGCCUUAUGAGGAAAUAAAAAGAAUUAUAUUGGAAGUGGAUGAAGAACAAUUGAAUGACUCCAUAAUCCAGAACUUGGUAAGCCAUCUACCAGAACAAGAGCAAGUAUCUUCCUUGGCACGUUUCAAGAACGAUUACAAUAGCUUGUCCGAACCAGAGCAGUUUGGAGUUGUGAUGAGCAGUGUUAAAAAUCUUCGUCCACGGCUGAAUGCUAUUCUGUUCAAGCUUCAGUUUGAGGAACAGGUGAAUAAUAUCAGACCUGAUAUUAUGGCUGUUGCAACUGCAUGUGAGGAGUUAAAGAAAAGUAAGAGAUUUGGAAACCUGCUGGAGCUGGUGUUACUAAUUGGAAACUACAUGAAUGCUGGGUCUCGAAAUGCUCAAACGUUUGGCUUCAACAUCAACUUCCUGUGCAAAUUGAAGGAUAUCAAAUCAGCAGAUCAAAAAACCACAUUUUUACAUUUCUUGGCACAAAUUUGUGAGGAGAAAUAUCCAGAUCUUUUGAAGUUUCCAGAUGAUCUGCAAAAUGUGGACAAAGCAAGUAAAGUAUGUGCAGAAAACAUGGAGAAGAACCUUAAGCAGAUGGAAAAGCAGCUUCACCAGCUUGAAAAGGAUUUGGAAACUUUUCCACCACCACAGGACCUGCAUGAUAAGUUUGUAACAAAGAUGUCCAGAUUUGCCAGUCAUGCCCAGGAACAGCACCACAAACUGGCCAUCGUGCACGGAAACAUGGAGAAGCUUUACCAUGAUUUGAUGCACUAUUUUGUUAUCAAUCCAAAGAAAGUCACAGCUGAGGAGUUUUUUAGUGAUAUAAGUAACUUCCGAUCCAUGUUCAUGCAAGCUGUCAAGGAAAACAUAAAGCAGAGAGAGACAGAGGAGAAACAGAGACACGCCAAAUUAGCCAAAGAAAAAAUUGAGAAAGAGAAACGAGAAAGGCAACAAAAGAAAAGACUUCUACUGGAGAAAAAUUUAGAGGGUGAUGAGACAGGAGUGAUGGAUAGCCUGCUAGAGGCCCUGCAGUCAGGUGAAGCAUUCAGAGACCGAAGGAAACGGACAGCAAGGCCUAAAGAUACUCAAAAGACUACAAGUCCAAGAUCACAAUGGCCUGUUUUGAAAUCUUGGAACCAGGAAAAUCAAAAGGCUGAACUGGAAAGGUCACAUUCUGGUCAGAAUAUCCACGUGAACACAGCUAGAAUUCCAAUUACCAAGGAGCCCAGUUAUGAAACAGAAGCAUAUUCAUCCAACACAAGGAGUAAAGCUGUCAGGAAAUGGGAGGGACAUGCUGUUUCAGACCUAAGGAAGAAGGAGAUGGGAACUGUUAUUUCUGACGCUGAGAAUAAUGCUGUUCCUGAAGUAGAAGCACUCCUGGCUAGGUUACGUGCUCUAUAAACGUCAGUUAACAUUGAGAUCUAACUAUGACUUAAAAGCUGCCAAAAAUAUUAAAGUUGCUCUGAAUAAUGUAAUAAACACUGUCAGAUACAAAUUUCCGAACAACUCGUAUAGACAUUUUGUGAAUAGAGGUGAACCUAUAAUAACAAAAUACGAGGUUACGGUUCAGAAUCUAUUUUUCAGUCCUGGUGAAGCAAAGCAGCAGGAAUUCUGUAUCUGCUUUGUGUGCUUGCAUUUAUUUGCCCAAUUUCUAUGGGAAGUCUACUUAUCCAAAUUGACUUCCUUCUUCCUUGCUGUUUGCACAAUACCUUAUCCCUAAAUCAGGUUAUGUAUGCAUCAAAUGUUUUCAAUUCACAAUAUGACACAUGGAGUGCAUUUGCAGGAAGUCAGUAGGAUUUCAUAUCAGACCAUUUGUCUGAUGCUUCAUGGUUUAAUCACCUUUAUAUUUGCAUUACAAUGAAAAUUUUAAUUCAGUUGCAACAGUGAAUGCUUCAUUGAUGCAUUUUGAUUCGUGCAGAUGCACGUUAAAUAUAAAACUUAUUUGGUGUUUGCCAUGUGAAUUGGGUGAGUUUUAUUUUUAAUACUUGUAACCAUCUUGAUUUAUAAAGUAAUAUAGUUUGUGCCUUUGCAAGACUGACACAGACAUUUCCAGCAGACACCCAGUACAAACUAUACCCUCCUUUACUACCAACAUAUCUCAAUAAUAAUUCUACUACAGUGGCAUAUAUGCUUAUCAAGUAUUGCACAGUAGAUGAUUGCUUAU